AUGAGAGGAGCCGCAGUCGCGGAAGGGAAGGCGACGGGGGAGGGGGGGAAUGGAGAGACGGGCGGCACUGUGGCGGUUGCUGGCGGACGUCCCGCCGUCACCCCCUUCCCCCCUUCCUCCUCCCCCCCACAUCGUUCCGCCGCCACUCUCUUCCCCUCCUCCCUCUCCCCCCCACAGCGACCGCCGCUACACCCGCGAACAGUCGCGACGUGGGGGGAGACGGGCAGGGGACGGGGGGAAUGCGACGGGCAGAGCGACGGCGGGCUCGUUUGCAAAUCCAUCGACGGGUUCUUCGGCGGGCUCGUCGGCGGGUUCGUCGGCGGGCCCGAUGUCUCGCGUGCUGGCGGGUCCGUCGGCGGGUCCGUCUGCGGGCCCAAUGUCUCACGUGCUGGCGGGUCCGUCGGCGGGUCCGUCGGCGGGCCCGUUGUCGCGCGCGCUGGCGGGUCCGCCGGCGGGUCCGUUGGCGCACUCGUUGGCGGGUCCGUCGGCGGUUUUGCGGGCGUGCUCGCUAUGGGCCGCGCACGCCAUGGGCAAAAACGACGGUCGAUUGUCGGGUCUACGGGCAGCAGCAGGCGGGAAUGGUGGGCCCAUUAA